AUGGAUUAUUUUACAAAUCGGAGUGGGCUAAAAUUAUCCUAUAGUUUAUCAAUUAAAAACCAAAAUGACAGGAAAAUCAAUGUCAUUUGUCAAUGACUUCUUUCAGAUGUCCUGUUUAAUUGUGACUUCCUUAUUGAGUAUCUAGAAGUAAAUACGUUCAAAUUCUUUGUGACAGGCUGUGGAAAUAGUGAAGGAGAGUACUUAUAUGGUGGAUUUGAAAGGGACGCUGGAGAUAUUGACGAUGCUGUAAAAUUCUUAGUUUCUCAAGGCUACGAAGUAGAAGCAAUUAUUGGUUAUGCAAAAGGCGGAAACGACGCUAUUAUUUAUUCUGCACUAUUCGGAGAUGUCAAAAAAAUAAUAGCAAUAGCUCCAGCAGUUUACAUGACAACUUUUAAUUUACCAGAUUUUUUCCGAGAGAGUAUUGAAGAAAUUCAGAAAUCUGGAGAAGUCAGACAUAUAGUUCUUGGAAAGGAGUACAGAUUUACCUCAGAAACACUAGAUGAAUUUAUGAGCCUUGAUAUGGAUUACUAUUGUGACAAAAUAAAAGGCGAUAUUUAUUUAAUCCAUGGAACUGAUGACGACAAAGUCCCGUAUUCAGAUAUAGUGGAAUAUUGUAAGGAAUUAGGAGAAAAAUGCAAAGAACUUUUCACGUUAAAUAACUGUGAUCAUUUCUUCACAACAGAAAUGGAUGAAGUUGUUGAAAUAUAGUGAUCGUUUGCUACUUAACUGCUACUUACUUAUUUUUCUUACGAUAAUAUGAAGUUUAGAUUAUUAAAAGCGUGAGCAAUUUAUAUAUUAAUAAAACCUCUAAGCAAUAGGAUUGCAAUUCACUCUCUGGCAGGUCAGUCUAGUUUUCUUAAGAGCUGAAAUAAUAUUUAAGCAAAUAGCAGGCUGGUGCUAUAAUUCAUAAAAUAAUAGAAAGCUACCCAUAUAUUUGUAAAUUAAAAUUAGACUGGAUAAUGAAUCUAUUUCUUUAUAUAGCAAAACUGUGUUUUGGUAAAAUAGCAAGAUUUGAUAAAAAAAAAUGCAAGGUAUUUAGUUUUAUUGUUUUUUUAUGGUCUAUAUAA